AUGCAGAUUUCACACGCUUUGACGUCACCAGGUAGGGUACAGGCCUCUGGAGAAAUUUUAACUCGAUGCGAAGGGAACCGUCCUCUAUCGUAUAGGACACAAGGUCGUCAUUCGCGUGUACAUGCGAGGCCACACACGGCGCGCGGCAGCCGCCAAACGGUCACCGAGCAAACACCGUCUUUAAGAGUUAGCCUCGACUCCGCUUGUCACAACACUCGUGACGUCACGCCGCCACUCACCGGGAGUCACCUUUCACUGGUUGUUUACUCAGCGAGGCUACUGGCUCCCGCCGGCUCCGCUCCGUACCAUAAUCAUACUACAAGACAUGUUCUAUUCCCGUGUACACGAGUGUCAGGUCUCGUCUUCCCUGCCCUGCCAGCGUCUCCUGCGCGUCUCUGUCCUGGCCGUCUCCUGUCAGCUGUCGCUCCGCUUUCAGUUUAUAUUAGAUAUCAUCAAAGGGGAGAGAUAGGGGAUGAUGAUGAUGACGUCACGCGGCUCCUGAGAUCACCGACACCAGGGAAGUACAGCAGGCCGAGUACAAGACGGCUCUUAAGAAAAACAACAGGAGGAGCGGCUACUGGCUACACGUACCGCGGCUUGUUUACCUUACUACCGGAGUUUAAGUAG